AUGUAUGAGACAGUGGGAAACCAGUAUGUUGUGUCCAGGGCUAUCUACUCUGAAAAUUCAUUCCAGGUUGAGAAUGAAAAAGUGCAUAGACACCAUAAAACAUUUUGGGAUCAUCUACGUGUCUUUUUUGGAUGUUCAAAAGAGAAAGCUAAAAGAAUAGCAUUUACAUUUUUUCCCAUUGCUUCAUGGCUGCCCAUGUACCAAAUCAAGAAUUGGCUUCUCAGUGAUAUUGUAUCUGGAGUCAGCACUGGUCUGAUAGCCGUCCUGCAAGGUCUUGCAUUUGCUCUGCUGGUGAAUGUUACCCCAGAUUAUGGACUGUAUGCGGCAUUUUUUCCAGUCAUCAUCUACUUCUUUUUUGGUACCUCCAAACACAUCUCAGUUGGUCCCUUUCCUGUGUUGAGUUUAAUGGUCGGCACAGCUGUGCUUCGCUUGGUCCCUGACAACCCAGCUGAUCCAGAUUUGAAUGAGAAAAGAGUUACUGUAGCCGCUUCAGUGACUGUACUAGCUGGGAUCUUCCAGUUGGCACUAGGAUUGCUACAAGUUGGAUUUAUAGUCAUCUACCUGUCGGAGUCCCUGAUAAGCGGUUUUACAACCGCUGCUGCUAUUCAUGUUUUAGUCUCACAAUUAAAAUUUUUAUUUGGCUUACAAGUUGAGCCAUUUAGUGGACCUUUGUCCUUAUUUUAUACUUUGGAAGCUGUAUUUACAAAUAUUACGAAGACAAAUAUUGCCGACCUGGUGACAUCAAUAAUUAUAAUGGUCGUAGUAUUUGCUGUAAAGGAAAUCAAUGAUCGAUUUAAAGCAAAGAUACCUAUACCAAUCCCAAUUGAAGUUAUAAUGACGGUUAUUGCUACUGGUGUAUCAUAUGGCUUCAAUUUCCAGGCAAGAUAUGGUGUUGACAUUGUUGGAAAACUGCAGAAGGGCUUUCAGGCUCCAGUGGCACCAAGUAUUUCAGUAUUCAAGGAUUGUGUAGCUGACGGAUUUUCCAUUGGAAUUGUUGGAUUUGCUAUAGCUUAUUCUGUGGCCAAAGUCUAUUCCAUAAAGCAUGACUAUGUGAUAAAUGGUAAUCAGGAGCUAGUAGCCUUUGGAUUGAGCAACAUUUUUGGUGGCUGUUUCAAAGGAUUUGCUGCAAGUACUUCGUUGUCAAGAUCUGCUGUCCAAGAAAGUACUGGGGGGAAAACGCAGGUGGCAGGACUUUUGUCAGCUAUAAUUGUGAUGAUUGUAACAUUGGCUAUAGGAUUCCUCCUCGAAUCACUGCAAAAGUCUGUACUUGGCGCCUUAGUCGUUAUUAAUCUGAAGGGCAUGCUGAUGCAGUUCAAUGAAAUUCCUAAUUUGUUCCGGAAAGAUAAAUAUGAUUGUUUAGUAUGGGUGGUGAGCUUUCUUGCUGCUGUCUUACUCGGUCUUGACCUUGGACUGGCAGCAGGAGUAGGAUUUGAGCUGCUUACAGUAGUAUUCCGUGCUCAAUUCCCCAAAUGUUCCCAGGUGGCUAAUAUUGGAGGUCACGACAUUUACAGGAACAGAAAAGACUAUAAAAAUAUCUAUGAGCAUCAUGGAAUCAGGAUAUUCAGAUGUCCGUCGCCAAUUUUUUUUGCCAAUGUUGAUUUUUUUAAAGAUAAAAUUGUGGCUGCUGCAGGUUUUAACCCACUGAGAGUGUUACGGAAACGCAACAAAGCUCUAAGAAAAAUAAAGAGGCUGAUAAAUAAAGGGGAAAUCCAGAUCCUGCCAAAAGGUAUCAUUUCAACAUCAGUAAGCCAUUAUGAGUCGGAAGAAGAACUGGACAAUAACAUGAUUGAAAUGCUGGACCAACCAAUAAACAAGUCUGACCUGCCCUUUGUUAUCGACUGGAAUUCAGAUAUUCCAAACAAUUUAAAGGUUCCCAAAAUCGAUAUCCAUAGUUUAAUCAUUGACUUUGGAGCGGUGUCUUUUCUUGACAUGUCUGGAAUGAAAGGCUUAAAAGCGGUUUUAAAAGACUUUAUUAAAGUUGAUGUGGACGUAUAUAUUGCUGGAAUUGACAGUAAUCUUUUGGAAAAACUUGUAAGAUGUGCAUUUUUUGAUGAUGAUAUUACAACCUCAAUGAUUUUCCUGACCAUUCAUGAUGCAGUUUUAUAUGUAUUAGAAAAGAAGAAUCUGGAUAGCAUAGCUAAACUAAAAGAGACUAAGGAGGAAGUAAAAGAGACAAAAUUCGAUGAAGCUGAGUUUUCAAAAAGACCAUUAAACAUGAAUAAUGAAUAUACCAUGCAGUCUGAGGUGAAGCUGUGAUCACAUGAAGUCAAAUAGCACAAUACUUCAAGGUGUUAUUGAAGAGUUCUUCACUUGAAUGAUUUAUGGACGUAAUAAAUGUACGAAGUAAGCAGGUCUACACCGACUGCAGUUACUCUGAAACUUUGCUUACUGAUGAGAACAUUUUAUUUACAAUAGAUUAAAAUAUAUAUAUAUUUAUAUAUAUGAUAAGAUGAAUACUGUCAUUCUACAAUUAUUGCAUCUCCAACCUGGACUGGAACCAUUGAACCACUUUCCCGAGCAUACUGCUGUAUGAACAAAAUACCUGAACUCGUGUACUGACACGAGAAACCAGCAGCAGAGUGAAUGUGUCACCUAGAUCAUCACCAAUAAUUCAAAAUUUAAGAUAAAAACGGUAUUUAAACAAUAGGUCAUUUUUUGAUGACAUGUUCCUUUUAAUGGCGCAGGCUUUAACCCCUCAAUGACAUAGGACUUAAAUGUACGUCCUGGUGCCCUAGUACUAAACGCACCAGGACAUACAUUUACGCCCUAUACAUAACGCGAGCACCGGUACGGUGUUCUCAUGAUGCGUGGCAGGUCCCACCGGUAAUGGUGUACAUUAGCGAUCACUUUGAUGUCCGCCAUUAACCCCUCAGAUGCCGUGAACAAUACAGAUAAACGCAUCUGCGGCAAUGCGGACGUUAAAUUGGAGGAUCGGAUCAUCUACAAUGGCGGCCGGAGGUCCCCUCACCUGCCUCCAGCUGUCUCCAGGGGUCUUCCGCUCUGGUCUGAGAUCGAGCAGAAGAU